AGUCAGUUCCUGCUCCGGCUAGUCACACAUACACAUAUACACACACACACACACACACACAUAUAUACGCAGUGCUGUAUCAUGUCGGAGAGCGCGUAUUAAAGUGUUGUAUUUCGGGGGCAGAGGACUGGUCAGUAUGAGUGCUGCAGGUUACCGGACCGGGCUGCUGCUGCUUCUCUCCGCACUGCACUGGGGUGUGAUUCGGACCCAGAGCCCCAGUGACAGCUCGUGGUACCAGGAUCUGUGCAGAUAUAAAUGGGAGGCCGUGGAUCAGGACAGCAAUGUGAAAUACACCCUGAAGCUUUGUUCUUCGUCUCCGGACACGGCCUGCGGCGCGAACGCUGCUGUUUGCGCCCAGAAUCUCACCAGCAGCAAGAGCCAGUCAGUGGGCGAUAUCUCCUUGCUGACGUCCUCCAGCUCCAUGCUCACCUUCAACAGCACUCAGACGUGCCAAGGCGAGAGCAGCAAGGUGCAAAGCAGCAUCAGUUUCCAGUGCGGAAAAACAAUGGGGACGCCGGAGUUUGUCACCGUGUCACAGUGCGUCCAUUACUUUGAAUGGAGAACUUAUGCAGCCUGCAGACGAGACAAGUUCAGACCACUGAAGGAGGUUCCCUGCUACGUCUUUGACUCGGAUGGGAAGAAGCACGACCUCAGCCCUCUUAUCAAAGUCACAGACGGCUACCUGGUCGACGACUCGGACGAUAGCGUGGACUUUUAUAUUAACGUGUGCAGAAAUUUGGACCGAGCAGAUAGUCCCUGUCCUAAAGGCACUGCUGCUUGCUGGACUAAAGAUGGCAAAUCGGUCAGCCUGGGGAAACCGGACAAGCCUUUGGAGCUCAUCUCUAAUGACAGGUUAAGGCUGCGGUACGAGUCCGAGGACAAGUCAUGUAACGGACACAAGCCUGCAGUCACCAUCACCUUCAUCUGCCCCACUACGAGACAGCAGGGAAGUGACCCCAAGCUGACCGCCCAGGAGAACUGUCGCUAUGAGGUGGAGUGGGUGACGGAGUACGCCUGCCACAGAGACUACCUGGAGAGUCACAACUGCACACUGACCAGCCGACAGCACGACAUCUCCAUCGACCUCACACACCUCGCACACGGCUCUGGAGACGAUCCCUACGCUGUUGAGGCCAAGAUCGGGAAGGACACCUACAUGUUCUAUCUUAAUGUGUGUGGCGAGACCAGAGCCGGUCAGUGCACUGAUGACAAGGGUUUCAUCUCGUCAUGUCAGGUGAAGGAAGGUGAAAGUUCGACCAAAAUCGCUGGGAGGUUCCAGAAUCAAACACUCAGGUACUCCGACGGAGAUCUGACCCUCAUCUAUCCAGGAGGAAACGGAUGCAGCUCAGGCUUCCGGCGAAUGACCAUCAUCAAUUUUGAGUGCAACACAACUGCAGGAAACGGCUACCCCGUGUUCACAGGAGAGGUCGACUGCACGUAUUACUUUAACUGGGAGACGUCAUACGCCUGUGUUCAGGAAACCAAAGACCUGCUCUGCAGAGUCACUGAUGGCAAAAUGCAUUACGACCUGUCCCGUCUCACUCGCUACCCAGGACCUGAUGAUAAGCAGCAAAACUGGGAGGCGGUGGAUGCUAACGUUCCAGAAACAGACAAAAAACUGUACUACAUUAACGUGUGUAAUAAAAUCAUCAGUCAGAAGGAGACUGGCGCGUGUCCUGAAGAUGCAGCUGUCUGUGCUGUGGGGAAAGGAAAGUUUACCAGCCUGGGGAAGUUCCUCUCCUCGCCGCAGAAAGACCUGAGUGGGAAAGACCUGAGGCUCAUAUACACCGACGGAGAUGAGUGCAGGAAAAACACAAAGAUUAAAAGCAUCAUCACUCUGAAGUGUAAACCCGGUGACCUGGACAGCCCACCGGUCAUGAGGAGUGUGUCCAGCGACGGCUGCGUUUAUGAGUUCGAGUGGCAGACUGCCGCCGCCUGCGUGCUGACCAGAACAAAGGGGGACGACUGUAAAGUGGAAAACGCCACCUCAGGAAUUUCUUUUGACCUGACCCCGCUGAGGAAGGCUGAUGGAGGUUACUACAACAUAUCCAAUGAUAAAUAUGACUUCUUUAUUAACGUGUGUGGGAGUGUUAACGCUGCAAAUUGCCCUGAGAAAUCAGGAGCCUGUCAGGUGGACAGGAGUGCUAAAAGUAAUUCCUGGAACCUGGGCGAGUUUAACUCCAGUCUGUCGUAUUACGAUGGCAUGAUCGAGCUGGACUACGUCAACGGUUCUCGGUACAACAACAAGGAACACACACAGCGCUCCACACACCUCUCCUUCCUCUGUGACCGAGAGGCUGGGCCGGGCAAACCUGAGUUUCAGGCUGAGGAUGAAUACACCUACAACUUCAGGUGGUACACGUCUUACGCCUGUCCAGAAAGGCCACAGGAGUGCGUGGUCACUAACCCUGUGACCUUACAGCAGUUUGACUUGUCUAGUUUGUCGAUGUUGACCGGAUCCACUAACUGGGAGGCUAUAGAUUUUAAUAGCCGGAAGGUGUACUACAUCAACGUGUGCCGGCCGCUCAGACCCGUGGCAGGCUGUGACCGACUCGCCUCAGCGUGCCAGAUAAAAGCUGGAAUACCUUCUGCAAAAGUGACCAUCAGUAACAUGGGCGUGGCUAAAAAAGGCCCCGUGAUCGUAGAGGAUGAUCAGCUGAUGCUGGAGUACACGGACGGCUCGGUGUGCGAGGUGGACGGGAAGAUGAGCAACUACACCACCCGCAUUCACUUCGUCUGCUCCAAAGGGCUUGUGUCAUCCGGUCCACGCUUCACAUCAGAACAGGACUGCAUAGUUGACUUCGUGUGGGACACCGAGGCAGCCUGCGCCAUUUCAACUGCUGUAGAUGCCAAUCAGACUUGCUCUUUAAAGCAUCCCAACACUGGUUUUGAGUUCAACCUGCUCCCUCUGGCCUCAGAAAACGCAUACAAGACGACUGCAAACGGAAAAGAGUUCAUUGUGAACAUCUGCUCGGCCGCCCGGCAGUGCGGAUCGGGCAAGCCGGACGCAGCGGGUUGUGUGGUGGAGGAUGGCAAGCCUCACAGUUUUGUAGGAGUGGAGAGAUCUCUGCAAUUGUCCACUGAUGGCCUGCUCACUCUCACCUACAGAGGAGAGCUGGAUAAAAACCUGGGCACCAGAGCCACGUUCACCAUUAAUUUUGUGUGUGAUCAGAGCGCCACUAACGGCUCCCUGAAGCUCAUCCGUGAGGAGAUGGGCACGGCCACACACGUGCAGCAUGACGUUCUUUUCGAGUUCUCUACAGCUCUGGCUUGCGAGCCUGCACCGGUAGAUUGUCGGGUCACUGACUCUGAAGGAAAUGAGUACGACCUGAGUGACCUCAGUCUGAACGAUAAAGCCUACGUCCCCUUAGACACUUCAGACCAGGCCAAAUCUCAGAAGUUCUUUCUCAGUGUGUGUAAACCUCUGCCAUUUGUCCAGGGCUGUCCAGUUGGAGUAAUCGGAGCGUGCGGUCAGUUAAAUGGCCGAGCUGUGAACCUGGGCUACGUACAGUCCAGUCUGCAGGCCGGCUCGGACGGCUCUAUCAGCAUCGUCUAUCAGAACGGAGAUAAGUGUGGCUCAGGAGGGCGUUACUCAACACGCGUGAUCUUCCAGUGUGACGACAGCCCUGGCUCACCAAUAUUCGAUCGUAAGGACGGUUGUGAAUACGUCUUUAUCUGGAGGACCUCUGAGGCAUGCCCGGUUAAGAAAGUACAAGGUACAAACUGUAAGGUAAAGGAUCCCAGGAGUGGGUAUGAGUUUGACCUGACCCCACUGUCCACCAAGGAUUAUGAGGUGAAGAGCUCGCAGUAUGAAUAUCACUUUGCUGUAUGCGGCGCUAUCAAGUCCUUGGUGUGUGCACACGGAGAUGAUAAGGUCUCGUCCUGCCAAGUAGAGGGCUCCAGUCACAGGAUUGCUGGGCUGGCUAAUCAGAACUUAACAUUUGAUGACGGCGUUAUAAUGAUCAACUACACACACGGGGAACCCUGCCACAAGAUUUACGAGCGAUCCACAGCCAUUAUGUUUUCCUGCGACCACAGCAAGAAUCCGGGGAAGCCGGUGUUUAUCAGAGAGACCACAGACUGCACCUAUUUGUUUGAAUGGCACACUGCGCUGGCUUGUCCUCCUUUUAAGACCGUCAGCUGCUCCUACAAUGACGGCAGUGGACACUCGUACGAUCUGUCAUCAUUGGCUCUGCACAGUAGAAACUGGGUGGUUCUGUCUAAGACUAAAGACCAGCGUUACUACAUCAACGUGUGCAAGUCUCUCGUACCUCAGAGCGGUUCAUGGGGCUGCCCGAGCAGCGCUGCGGCGUGUCACAAGACUGGUGAUAAGUACGUGAGUCUGGGAGAAGCUCAGUCCGAGCCGCAAUGGGAGGACGGCAGGCUGGUGCUGAAAUACACGGACGGAGAAACCUGCCCGGCAGGAGACCGCAAACGGACCACCAUCAUCCGCUUUAAAUGCGAUCACACCCAAGUGGACACGAAGCCCACUCUGACCUCAGUGAUAGAGGACUGUGUGUACACCUUUGUGUGGUUAACACCGGUAGCAUGUCCCCUUAACAGCACUGAACACGGAGACUGCAAAGUCACUAAUCCACUCACAGGGCAUCUGUUUGACCUGAACUCACUGACUCAGGAAGCUGGAUAUACAGUGUACCACAGCGUCGAGGUGAGGAAGAUGUACCGCCUCAAUGUCUGUGGCCCUGUAAAGAACUCAGGCUGCGUUUCAGAUGCAGGAUUGUGUAUCAAAGACACUAACUCUGCUGUGAAUGGAGGAAUGUUUAGCAAAAAGCUGGUGUAUAAGGACCAGGUGGUGGAGCUGACCUAUGAGGGCGGAGACGUCUGCGCGGCCAAUCCGGCCCUGAAACACAAGAGCAUCAUCAGCUUCAUCUGCAAGUCUGAUGAAGUAGGAAGAAGCAGCAAGCCCGUGCUGGUCGACUCGGAUAAGGACACGUGCACUCACUUUUUUUCCUGGCACACGUCACUGGUUUGCGAACAACAGGUGAGAUGUUCAGUUUGGAACAAAACCAACCUGAUAGACCUGAGUCCUCUGAUUCACCUCAACGGCUACUACACGGCCACGGAUGAGGACACGGGCGAGAGCGAGGACGGAGGCAAGGACGCGUCUCGUGUCUUCUACAUCAACAUCUGCCAGCCUCUCAACCCCAUUCCAGGGGUCAAGUGUCCUCCUGGAGCAGCAGUGUGUAUGGACCCUCCUAAUGGAGACCCCAUAGAAAUCGGACGUGCCACAUCGACUCCUACAUAUAACUCUGUUACUGAUGAGGUGGUGAUUGAUUUCACCAGUAUGACACCAUGUGCGGCCGAUCCCUCCGUCAACUACGCGUCCAGAAUCAUCUUCACCUGCCAGAAAGCCACAGAUUUGGGAACUCCGGAGAUGAUGCGUCAGCUGGACUGCAUGUACGUGUUCGAGUGGUCGACGCCUCUGGUGUGUCCGGAGACGGUCAGCGCGCAGGGCUGCAAGCUUCAUGUCUCCCAGCUGCAGUACACCUUCGACCUCUCGGUUCUGAAGAGAGACGUCCAGGUUCCUGCUGCUUCUGGAACGUAUAAGCUGAACGUUUGUGGGUCUGUGACGGAUAAGGCGUGUAAGAAGAGCGCAGUGUGUUUGGUCUCCGGCUCUUCGGCGUCCUCGUUCGGAUUCGGCCAGGCCAUGAGUCUGAACUACAGCCGAGAGGAUCAGACGGUCAUCAUGCAGUACGGAGGUGGAGACCCAUGUCCUCCAGUGACUACAGACGGAGUCGUGUGCACAUUUCCCUUCAACUUCAUGCGCAAAAGCUAUUCUGAAUGCACUCAAGACGGCAGGACUGAUGGCAGGAAGUGGUGCUCCACCACAGCUAACUAUGAUCAAGACAAGCAGUGGGGCUUCUGUUCUAGUGUGACCGCUAAGAGGCAGACGACAAUCUUGUUUACGUGUGACCGCACGGCGGGGCAGGGCACGCCCCAGCUGCUCAGCGAGACGCAGGCUUGUUCCAGCACUUUCCAGUGGCGCACUAAUGCAGUCUGUCCUCCAAAAAAGAUGGAGUGCAAGCUGGUGAGCCAUCACCAAACCUACGACCUGCGUUCGCUCUCGUCUCUCACCGAGCCGUGGAAGUUCACCGACAAGGGCGACGCUUACUACAUGAACCUGUGCCAGCAAAUCCACGGAGGACUGCCCGGUUGUCCAGAAGGAGCCGCUGUGUGUCGCCGGCGCUCCAGUGGAAAGACGGAGACUCUGGGACGAGUGCUAACUCAGAGCAUGGGCGCAACUGAUGGAAAGAUCCAGGUGAAUUACACCAUGGGGGAUGCUGUGUGUGGGAAUUCAAAACCAGCCAAAACCAUCGUGCAGCUGUCGUGCUCCAGUACUGUGGGUCGACCCAAACUCAUGAAGCAGGAUAUGGCGGCCUGUGAGUUCUGGGUGGAUUGGGAGACUCGAGCAGCCUGUGCAGUGAAGCAGCAAGGAGAGCAGGUGGAGAUGGUAAACGGCACCAUCAAAGUUCCCCAGACGGGAGCCGUGUUCAGCCUGGGAGAUCUCUACUACAGCCUCCACAAAGCCACAGGAGAUAUCAGACCCAAUGGUGACAUCUACAUCUAUCACAUCCAGCUAUCGGGCAUCACAGACAGCUCCUUAUCCCAGUGCCUGGGCGCUAAUAUCUGCCAGGUGAAGAAGGACGCAACGUACUGCAGGAAGAUCGGAUCGUCCAACAAGGCCAAGUACUACAUCAAAGGGGACAGUCUGGAUGUCCUGGUGCCUUCGGAGUCGGAGUGCGGUCGUGACAAGUCGAAGACCAUGUCGUCGGCCAUCUUGUUCCACUGCAAGCCCGAGGCUGGAGUGGGCAUCCCGGAGUUCCUGCUGGAGGCAGACGGGUGUCAGUACCUGUUCGUCUGGCACACAGACAAAGUCUGUGAACUUUUCACCAUGAAUCAGCAAGUGAAGGACAACGAGGAUGCUGGAUUAUCAGGGCGGAGUCAGGCUGUGGGGGUGGUGCUUAGUCUGCUGCUGGUGGUGCUGACCAUCUGUCUGCUUGUUCUGCUGCUACACAAGCAAGAGAGGAGGGGGCUUUUCAUCCAGAAACUUACCAGUUGCUGUAAACGGAGAAAUCAGGUGUCUUAUAAAUACUCCAAGGUGAGCACGGACGAGGACGGCUGUGAGGACGAGAUGGAGUGGCUGAUGGAGGAGGUGGAGACUCCGGCGCAGACGCCUCACGAGAACGGCCACAUCACCACCAAGCCGGUGAGUGCGGACGCGCUGCGCUCCUUCUCCCUCGACGAGCAGGACAGCGAGGAAGAAGUUCUCACCGUCCCCGGAGUGCGUGUCCACUCGGGACGAGCCUCCGCUUCCGCUUCCUCCUCUCGUUUCCUGAUGAAGAACGAGAGCGACGAGGAUCUGGUGGGGCUUCUGGACGACACGGGGAGGAAGAACGCGCCCAAACCGAGCUCCAGACAUCUGAGGAAAGCGCAGGGAGACCCGGACGACAGCGACGAGGACCUCCUUAAAGUCUGAGGAGUCGGGGUCAUGAACUUCUGAGCGUCCCUCUAAACUCGCUCCGCUCAUGUUUGUUUUCUAAAGGGAAAUCUAUUUAUCUCCGUUUCAGUGAUUUAUUCAACGGACCCUCGGUGUCAUGGCGAUGAAAAUAUUUCAUCGCUCAUUCGUUCGAGUCUCUCUUUCUUUCUCCACGUCGGGUCGAUUCAUUACAAAAUAGAUUUGUACAGAGAUGUUAAUGUGUGUGUGGGGGGGGGGGAAGAGAGGGUUUAUGAUGAUCUGUUAUUUAAAUACACGGGAAUGAUUUUAUGAUUUCAGUUUUAUUCGUCUUUGCUCGUUUCCAUGGCAAUCCGGUAGCCGGGUCUGAAAAGACGGACAAACGCGUGUUUCGAGGUUUGCAUUAAUUUUGCACAUGGAGCCUUGAGGAAUCGCAGUAACAUUUUCUCCCAUUUUUUUGUCCACUGUGUGCUUUUUGCGUCACUUGACUCAAUGGGUUGAAAAAAAUAAAGUAAAAAUCAGCUCCAUGUUUAUCGCUUGCUUUUAAAUCCAAAAGCAUUUCAUGUGACUGAACGCCUCCGUGCAUCGCUUUAACUUCCCUUUCUGCCAUAAAAGCAUGCUGUAUAACCCUGACACUGAACAUACACAGUAUUUUAAUGCUGGGAGUGUAAUGCGCUCUCUCUCUCUCUCUCUCUCUCUCUCUCUCUGUCUCUGUCUGUCUUGCUCUGCUCUCUCUCUGUCUGUCUCUCUCUCUCACUCUCUCCAAACUCACACAUUAUUGUCUCAGUCUGUUUGAGGGUUUUUUUUUUCCCAGAAUUCUGUUUUUCUGUUAUUGUUGUCCGUUUUAAUAAUGAAUGGUUCAAUGAAUUAUGACGAAUGUAAUCGUAAGUCACGCUUACACUGCACUCUGAUUUCUUUUUCUGAGCACUGGAACGAGGGUUAAAAAGUUCAAAGGUGACGAAUGAAGUGUGAUUUUUGGCCUUAGACUCAAGACUGUGACGCAUGUGAUGUGGGAUUAGUUUUUGUUGUUGUUGUUGUUGUUGUUGUUGUUUUGUUUUCCACUCCAAACUUCUUCUUUUUUUUUUAAGGUUUUUCUGCAGUUGUAGUCUUGAAACGGUACGAUUUAAUCAUAAACCAACUUCUUGUCCAGAAGUGGCUUGUUUUUAUCGUGGGAUGUUAAUGAAUGAGUUCGCCCCAAAAUGACCUCUCUGAAAGGUUUUGUGAUUUGCAGAAAUGCUGUUGAAGGUUUGAACACGUCACUAACUCCUCGCUGGACACAUCAACUCAGAUCCUGUCUCUCUCUCUGUUUUUGUUUUCCUUUUUUCAUCACAUAUACAGAGCCUCUUCCUGUUGGCCCUGUUUCUGCCAAACUUUCUUUAGAAUUGUUUGCUUAUCUGCUCUUUUUUGUUUUGUAUUUAAAACUGUUCAUACUGAGGCAUUACAUUAUUUCAAUAAAAAAAGAACGGCUGUUAAAAUA